CCAACGAGACCGUAACAGGCAUCACUUUUCCCGACGAACGACCCAUACCCCUGUCCUAUACCCUGUUGUGUCCGUUCCUACCCCCCCCUCCACGGCAGGCCUUCGCAUGAGAAUCCAUAGCAUUGGCAAGCUUCUCCACUGCGCCCAUCGCAUCAGUGUCAACACCCUGAUUCCCUACAGCCACCAGCCUAUCCCCUUAAAAGGAACAGAGUCGGCCAGGCCUGGCACACCGCCCCCACAGUUUCCUUCCCCGUGGCUUGUCUGCAAUCAAGCAGAGCCUCUCGCGAUAUACUUGGGAAUAUCUCGAGCGAAGGGAGGGAAUUCGAGUUUUGAGGCCGAGCUUUCGCUUCAUCAGUACCCAGGAACCAAUUGGCACGCCUCUUCCCCCGAAGCCCUCGUACGCCAUGUAUUCUGCGAUUCCCGUGUAUUCGUACGACAAGGAGCCGUCGGGGCAGAUGGCUGCUGACGAGGAGGUGUCCCCGAGGACCCAGGUUCGCCGCCCUUCGACGGCUCACUCUCCCAAGGCGCCGGUUCCUCAUGUCCUUCAUGACUUUGGCGAUCUCCUCGGGCCGGCCAUUGACGGCCCCCCGUCCCCGGAGCGCAUCCGAGCGUUAAGCGUCCAGAUGAAGCGGAACUCGAUCACUGACAAACACCGAAGCGAGCUAACAACAUCAUCGGGCUCGUCGUCACGUCUUUCAGCCACGUCGGAUAGGCCGCCGUCAUGGAACCAGAGCUUGGAAAGCCUUAGUCUGUCCAGGAACCCGUCUCAACGGUCCACCUCGAGUAACUUGCCGUCGCGUGACCGAUAUGACAGCGUGCAGUUCUUCUCGAAGGGGCUGUUUACCCGUAGAGGCAAAUUACGCAGAGAGAGCACCGAUAGAAGCGCGUCGAAUACUUCUUUGGACGUUACCGAAGUUCCAAAUGAUGCUUCUUCGACCGCACCCAGGGAUCACUUUAUACAAUCUGUAUUCACGCGACGGAGGGCUCUAAGAGGAGAGUCCAACGCAGCGCCGCAGAAAAAGCUGCAGAUCUCCGGUCCGUUUAACUUUGAACAUCUUACACAUAGGCAUAAAGAUAGCGUGCCUGACUUAGACCGGACGAGCCGCAUGGAGCUCGUGUCAGAAUUCUCGCUCCUACGGUCACGACGAACCACCGAAGCCUCCAUAAACAUAAGCAAUCUCCAUCCCGACGAGUCACAAUUCACGAAUGUAUCGUCCGAGACCUUCUUCGCCCAAGAGGAUCCCUCGGCAGGGCUGAAUGCAGAAGCGCAAUCGCAACAGAAAGCGCUGCCAAUGCUACCACCGUCGGCCCCGUCGCAUCUAGUGAAGCGAGUUCAAUCACAGGACAAGAUGCGUGUCCCACCCCAGCGUCCACCGAGAUCCCCCACUGAGCGUAGCACCGUAUCGCCGGUACAGCCGCCCCCGAGGACGUCCAGUCGGGUCUCGGUGCGGAACGACAGUUUUCAUAUGCUCAUGGCGAGUAUAGACCGGCCCGCAACGAGUGUCGGCUUUCGACAGCCGCAGCCAUUCGCCCCCGUUUCCCCCCAGACAGUACGGUCUCCUUCUGUCGUUGGCGAGUCACCCGUGGUGGGAUCGACGGUGCAUAAAAAGGCAGAAGAAACGCGCAGGCCGUCUCACUCGGCCGCCGCGACGGACAACGCCGCGUGGCCUCUACCUAACAACGUAAACGCCUUACCCGACGUCCCGGAGGAAGAAGAACAGCACGCGUUGACCCGACAAUCGCGGAUGAGCGUCACAAGCAACCACUCGUCGCUGCGAGGUAGCGUAUCGGUCCCAUUACUUCGACAGGUAACCAUGGCACACCACAAGCAUCAGCGACCCCCUAGCAACGCGUCCGACACCCUAGGCAGGCUGGAAUUUCUUACCCACUCGCGUGCACUCCGUGCGGACUCCCGACAGGACUUUACCGACGAGGACUACUACCCCGAAAACUGGGAAGACGAUAUUGACUACUGCUACGAACACGCUGCCGAGGCAGAUUGUGACUAUGCUUGGGAGCGGCCGUCCUGCGAUAUAGGACGGGAAAGCGAGACGGAAGGGAGCACGACAACAAUAGAUCCGAUGGACACUAUUUCGAGCUACGGUCUUUCCCCAGGUCUGCUGUCCCCCAUUUAUUACGAGGUCCCCGUGCUCAGUCCAUCAAGCCAGGCGUCGAACGCGACACACCAUGAAGCCGUGACGCCGACGAAUUUGGCCAUCCCGGUGACGUCCAACUUCUCUCUCCCGCGACGAGAUAGCACGGCGCCGCUCCAGCGCGGACACGCACGGGCUCCCUCGCGCGCGUCCAGCUUCAUGGAGUCGCAAGGUUUCAGCCUGUCCCCGUCCCUGCUGAUCCCGAACGACUACCACCAGCAGAUGCUGCAGUACGAGAGGGAGGAGCUGCAGGACAGCGAGAAUGACGAGUACUACCUCAUCCAGGGGGCCACGCUCAACGACGAGCCGAUGAUGCCCUUCGGGAAGAGCAUCUCCGCCUCGAAGGCUCGCUCGAGCGCUUCGACCACGGAUUCCUUCAUGUCGGAGCACUCGGCGACCUCGAGCCGCCACAAGUCGACGGCUUCGACCUCGACGGCCUUCACGCGCUGGACCGGCAGCAGCACCUCGAGUUGGCACCCGCGCGACUCGCUGCUGAAGCCGGCCGACGAAAGCAACCUGCAGGCCGGCAGCGGCAGCGCCACGGCCUCCUCCGGCAAGGCGGUGGUGGCCGUGUCCGCCUUCCCUGGCGAGGAGAGCCCGGCGUCGCCGAAGCAGGACCUGAGCCGCGAGAAGCAUGCGCGGACGCAGUCGCACGCGGGGCUGCUCAUGCGCGGGGCCUACGACGCAGCGCCCGCGGCCGAGCCCGAGCCGAAGUCGGCGGCGGUGACAGCAGCAGCGGUGAAGGAGACCGUCAAGACGCGGCGCCGCGCGCGCACGACGAGCCGGAGCCAUAACUCGCCCCAGUUCGCGCUCUUCCCCAACGUCAGCGCCACCGGCCCGGGGAACCGCAUCUAAGGGGAGGAAAAGAGUAGUAGACAAAACAGCGAGGUCCUCGCUGGACCCCGAAGACAAUCAUCGUCAUACGUGUACCCGAACAGCGGAAACCACCUCUAACCUAACAAAAUCCUAAUGGAAUCUAUCUAUACAUAUGUAUAUAUAUGUAUAUAUAUGCACACUGCCUCGACCGUCGAGCCCUACUAUGUACCACGUUCGCUAUACGCUACGCUACCUACUACCUGUCUGUCAUUACCGCCGCCCACCAAGCAAACCUGGUUGCUCGUGCUCCUCCUAAACCACACCCCGUUCUCGGGCGAAGUUAUCUUUUCCUUUUACGUCCGGAU